AUGGCCUCUUCAGGGACUCCGGUCCUGGACCGAUUCCUAUCAGGGCUUUCCGACUUGGUUAAAAAUCGCGAUGGGGACAAGCUUCAAGACUUUUUACAGAUUGAGCCUCCUUUAUCUAAUGUAUACCAACAGAUGGUGAACGAAUUACAACAACAAUACCCCAACACGCCUCAGAAAGAUGCCGAUCUACUGCGCCGAUGCGAAGGGCUAGUGCCACGUACUAAGGGCAGUAGCUCGUGGACUGCCUUCCCGACCUUCAUGAAACUCUACUUCACCUUUCUCCGAGACGUUAAUGUUGACAACCUUCUUGAGACGUAUAACAUGCUGAAAGGACUAGUCAAUCAAUGUGUUCUGGCACUAGGUGAUGGCCAAUUUGGUGUCAUUAUUUUGCCUACUGUCCUAUAUUUGUCGAAGGUGUUAGCAAAAUUGGCUAUGGGUUUAGAUCGUCGGCCGGAGCUAGUAGCGCAUUUGCUCCGAAUGGAGGGCAACAAUGACCAGGAUGAAAGUAUCGAGAAGGUAACACUGGUGGAAAAAUCUGCAAAUGUUGUUCGUGAGGCUUUUAUCAAAUGCCUCACGGAUCGUAGCGGUACCCCGGGAGUGCAGGGGAAGCCUGAAGGGAAACGGGUUGGCAUUUACCUUAUGGCAAAUCUGUGUUUGAAACUGCUUUUCCAGUGUGGGAAGCUUCGAAACGCAGAGCAAAUGUUUGCCAGUAUCAGUGCCCAAUCUCCGCCGCUAAAGUAUUUCCCGGCAUCUCAGAGAGUGACAUACCUACAGUACCUCGGGCGGUACCUCUUCUUUAACAAUCUCUUCUUCCCUGCGCGAAUAGCCCUGCAAUCAGCCUAUGACCAGUGCCAUUGCCGGGCACUGAGCCAAAAACGGGUCAUUCUUACCUACCUUAUUCCGUGCAAUAUGAUAAUGGGUCGCUUCCCUUCGUUGGGAUUAUUGCAGCGCCCGGAAUCAGAAGGGCUAGCGGACAGAUUUAUUCCGAUAUGCCGACUCAUCAUGCGUGGGGACUAUAUCGCCUUCCGAGAGCACCUUGCCCUAGAUUCGCCAUCAACCGAAUGGUUUGCAAAAAAUGGCAUCUUACUUGCCUUGCGAAAUCGUUGCGAAAUUCUUGUGUGGCGGUCAUUGGCACGAAAAGUGUUUACCCACGGUGGCUUCCAUGGCGAACCACAAGGUCAAAGUCAACGUGGGCCUCCUCCAUUUCUCUACCUAAACAAGCUGGAGACAGCUGUGCGGUGGCUUCAGUGGCAACAUGCGCAGUCAGCACAAGGCGGGCUUGGGUUCCGACAGAGAAAUGGGGGUAUUGACGCAAAGGCGGGAAACAACGAUAUUGGAUCGCAGCUCAUUUAUAAGCUUUCGGAUCCGGAUUUUGCCGGUGUUGACCAGGUUAACGGGGCCGAACUAAAGCCAGACUCGACAUUGCUGUCUCAAUAUGCUGAUUAUCUCUGCCCAGAUGUGUUUUUUGAUGAGCAGGGACUUCCCCAACCAAACCUAACCAAGUCUCUAAUCGACGGGCAACUUCCGGUGGAUUAUCAAGAUCUCAAGCUAGAUCCGUAUGCCAACUACAGUGACUCUGACUCUGAAAACGAGAAAGGAAAACCGACAGUGAUGAUGCGAGAGCUCGAGUCGAUUCUCGCAUCACUAUUGAGCCAGGGUCUCAUGCGUGGAUAUCUUACGCAUAAAAAUCCCAGGUUCGCCAUUCCAGGUGCACGAAUCCGUGGUGCACUGCCUACCGGCUUCCCCAAUGUUUGGCAAACAAUACUUGCCAGAGAAGGCGAUGAUGACAGUGUUCCUGGGUGGGUGCAGCCUCCACCUGCCAGCGCCAAUACUUUUGGAGCUGCGGCUGCCGGGGGACGGGUUGUGAAUCUGUCCGGUGCACGGCCAGUUGGAGUACAAUGA